UCGCUCUGAAAAGUGGUUAUAGCCAUUUAGUCGUGCAGUGUUAACCCGAGAAUCGAGUACGGGGGCAAAACAGGCCUGAGACGACCUUGCCGAAAAGUAAUCCAUAAUCCUAUAAGUGAGAACAAACGUGUACCUUUUUGGUGAUCAAUUAUUGUUCUUUUACUCCGAUCUUGAUUGCCGCACUUACUUCAAAGAACAUAAACUUAACACGAACUAAUUCAAACGAUCCUUUAUAUCUCCGAGCAAAAGGCCUUGGCCGCGCGCAGAAUCUGUCCAGACCUUCUUUCACCUCUUUGGAGACCCUGAGGGCACGUUCAAGAUGAGUGGCUCCAUGGGUUCGAUCAUGAUGAACUGGACUUCAGAGCUACUGAAGCAAACCAAAAAGCGAAAGAGACAACAGAUGAAGAUACAACUACCCAAACAAAAAGAUGCAACAGACUCCCAAGAGCAGACAGUUCAAACCGAGAUUGGAGAGCUCUCUUGUGAAGAAUGCCAGAUCAAAGAGGCCAAGAUGUCCGUACAACGGGAACAAUUAUCGGGUUUGGAAGCGGACAAGUCUGCAUUACACGGGAAAUUCGUUCGAACUCAACAAUCCUUAGGAGAAGCCAUGGAAAGGGAAACCAAGCUGAGGUCUGAGAACGAAGUCAUGGCUUUGGAGAAUGCCCAAUCCAAAUACGAACUCAAGGAGUUGAGGUUGGAAAUGGAAGAGUCCCUUUUGAAGAGCGAACAGGAUCACGAGCACCAGAUUCAAGUUCUCGAACAGGUAAUGACUGAGAAAGACACGGAUUGGAAGCAUCGGCAAGAAUCCUUGCACCAAGACCUUCAAAAUGCUCUUCGCACAAAUAUUGACCUUUCCAAUUUCGAGAACAUGUCGCGGACCCAAUUGGAACAGGAAAUUGGAAGCCUUCGAACUGUGAUCGACCUUCGGCUGAAGGAGAUUCACGAACUGCGACGAGUCAACGGAGAACUCAGUCACAAACUGGAGCGACAUUAUUGGCUGGAAAAUGAGCUCAGUAAAACGAGACAUCGCGUGGAAGAAAUGAAUCUUGUGAUCCAAAAUAAAAUGGUAGCCGAGAAGGAGCUUAUCGAUAUGACCGAGGGUUUAACCAACGACCUGGCCAAGGCUCGAAAUGAGAUCCUGACCUUAAAACGAAACCUGGAAAACAAGCAGUUCAUCCAGAGCAAUCAGGAAUUCAUAUCUCCCGCCCUUGAUCAAAUGCAGCUGAUGCAACACCGUAAUCAACACCAAAAGGCAAGCUAUGGGAGGAAGGUUGGUGACAACUACCGAGACAACAGUACAUUAGUCCUCGACUUGGUCCAGAAGAAUGACGCCGUCGCUUGGAUGCUUCAUGUGCCCGACUCUGCCAAACUCCAAUAAGUCCCUUUUUGUCAAUUCGAAGCUUAUAUUUAGAGGAAAGCAACGCGGGCAUUAUUGAUCCCUAAACACACUUCCUCAGCAUCAUCCUGGUUGUCACUUGAAAUUUGACUUAAUGGAAUAAAACCACAAGAGAAUUAAACUAGAUUCAAAUA